AAACUCCUUACGCAGGAACAUUGUGUACAUCACUUAUUUCAAUAGAUUACAGUCUUAAGUAAUGAUGAUGGGAUCCUGUGAAGCAGAGCUGUUUACAGAAAUUGACAAGCUCCGUGCUGAACUGCUAAACAAUGUCGAAGUCAUGCCAGGCUGCCAGCGGGUUGAGGAAGAAAUUACCUACAGGGAAAUUUUGAGCCGCAUUGAAAAUGUAAUCCUAGGAAUAGUGACAAGUCUUUCCAAAGAUGAGGCCCCUGUUCUGGCACUGCCCAACAGAUCCAGCUGGGCCAACAUCAGUUUUGACAGUGCCAUCGGGCUUCAAAUGAAUUCAGGAAGUUCUGUCACCAGCAUUAGGAGCGACAGUCCGUCGUCUGUUCGUAAAUUUGCGCAAAUUCUCAAGAUUUUCUUGGUGAUCUACAAACUUGUGCAGAGCAACUCGUAUGCGACCAAAAGAGACAUCUAUUACAACAAUACACAGCUGUUUGGUUCACAGAAAACUGUUGAUAGUAUAGUGGAUGAUAUUUCCUGCAUGCUAAAGGCUCCUCGCAGAUUACUGCAUGUGAUGGCCACGUCCAAGGGAUUGAUCUCAGGUGAUCUGUGUUAUCUGGAAGAGGACGGAACAAGGAUUGACUGUCGCUCCGGCUCUGCUGCUGUUGCAGUUUCAUCGAACAUUGCUGGGAUUAGAAAUAUUGUGUCAUCUGCGAAAUUUGUCAUGAUAGUUGAGAAGGAUGCAACGUUUCAGAGACUACUGGAUGACCACUUCUGUGCAAAGCUGUCUCCUUGCAUCAUAAUUACUGGUAAAGGUGUGCCAGAUGUGAACAGCAGGUUGAUGGUGAGAAAGCUUUGGGACACGCUGCACAUCCCCAUCUUCGCACUGGUGGAUGCCGACCCUCACGGAAUUGAGAUCAUGUGUAUCUACAAGUACGGAUCAGUGGCCAUGUCGUUUGAGGCCCACAAUCUGACCGUCCCCAGCGUUAUGUGGCUAGGCCUCCUCCCCUCUGACCUCCAGAGGUUGCGGGUUCCCGAGGAUGCCCUGAUCCCCCUCACCAAGAGAGAUGAAGACAAGCUUAGCAGCCUCCUUACAAGGCCAUAUCUAACCAGCCAACCUGACUGGCAGAAAGAGAUGGAACUGAUGCAGCAGACUAAGAUCAAGGCCGAAAUCCAGUCCCUAGCGGCCAUUGCCCCUGAUUUUCUCACCAACAUCUACCUGCCCAAUAAGCUGCGGUACGGGGGCUGGAUCUGAGCUCAAUGCUGCCUCCUGAUGG